UUGGCGCCUCUUGGGAAGUAUUGUUUGGGGAGUGAUAUUUAUUUAGUUUUGCGAGCCCGCAAUUGUCCACAAUAGGCCUACAGUGCAGUAGGUUCGUCGCACUGGUUCGUCAGAGGAAGUGACGGGAACGGGAUAGUAAACUCAAAUGAGGACUUCCAAUUUUUCAUGAAGGCUGCCACAAUAUAAGUCUGGUUAAAGUCGUCUGAACGAAGAGCGCAAAUGUUACAGUAGCCUAAUGAUUGUGCGCAAAAACCUUGUAUUCACAGACGUCAGAAACGCUACAAUGUAUCAGAAUAUAGAACGUACUCGGGCGACACAACGAUCAAUGUGGGAUGGUAGCCCACCAACAUUUGCAGAGAUUUCACAAUACUGAAUUAAAUAUGUGGAUCAUAGAUUGAACUUCAUGCAGACUUUUCGGGACUUUUCGUUGAUUUGGAAAUAUUUGCGACCGAUUUCAAUAUUAUUUACAAGGGUAGUAGACAGAUUUUUAAUAGUUAUUAAAGUUAUUCCAUGAGUUUCAGCAUGUAUAGAAGGGAGAUAUCGCCACCAGUUCGGAUUUCUCUGCUAGUGGUAACUCUUGUAUCGCUUGGGAUUUGUUCAGAACUAAAAGUACGAGUGCGUUUAAGUGAUGGACUAAUUGGGGAGGAGAUUUUGGACGCCAACAGUGAGAAUGAUGACAUUACAGUCGAGUUCAAGCAAGGAGAUGGUACUCAUAUUACUGCGGUAUUUGAUUUCAAACGGGAUGUGAGGAUCGUCCGAGCUCUGAUCCUGGGGGAGCCAGAGCGAGGCCAGAACCAAUACCAGGUGCUGUGCUUUGUCUCGCGCCUCGAUCACCACGAGAUCAUCCCCACUGAGUCCAUGGCUCGCCUCAGACAGCUGUUCUGUGAUGGGAUUCUACAGAAGAACCCCCACUUGGUCCGCACGGCAGAGGAGAAGCGUGGGGAGGAACACCUCCACAUGGACAUGGCGGUGAACGUGAGUCAUGCAGGGCACCUCAACACACUCAUCCACAACGUGUGUAAGGAGGCCCAUGAGGGGUUUUAUACCCGGGCAGCUGACACCAAGCAUUGGCUGGAUAAAGGAAUAGAGGCCAUUGAGUUUGAGCCCCUGCCCCAGACAGUGGACGUCUCUGGUCUGCAGCGAUGCCCCUCCACUCUGGACCUGUGGCAGCCAUGCUUCUGCAGCUAUCACCUACGUCUGGAGUGGCUCCCCUGCCUGCUCAAAUACUGUCGCAGCCGCCGGGGCGCAGCUGGAAGGGCCAACCCGUACAAGUGUGGCAUCAGGAGCUGCAGCAAGGGCUACCGCUUUGACUACUACGUCCCCCAUAAACAGCUCUGCCCAUGGGACGAGGAGACCUAAAGCAGCUGCUUUUGCCCUUAGUUCUUUCCUAGAAGGCAUUUAGCCUACCGUGCACAUCUGGACUGAGCAUGGCAGGGGAUUGGCAAGAGGCCUUGAAGUGAAGGAACAGACCUGCCUAGUGCCUACAUAGACACAGAGUAUACCAAACAUUAGGAACACCUUCUGAAUAUUGAGUUUUUCCCUCCGAAAAGCCUUAAUUCAUCAGGGCAUAGACUCCGCAAGGUGCCGAAAGCAUCCCACAGGGAUGCUGGCCCAUGUUGACUCCAAUGCUUCCCACUGUUGUAUCAAGUUGGCUGGAUGUCUUUUGGGUGGUGGACCAUUCCUGAUACACAC